GAGAAAGCGUCCAGGGCAGAGACCGAAAGCACAGUGAAGAGGAAAAAGCACUUGUUCUUUAUCAAAGAGAUGGGACUGUUGUACCUUUUGGAGGUUCAUUUGAUCCUCUCAGGAAACAAUGGCAGCGGCCUAAAGUUGACUUGGAUGUAGAGACAAAUUGGGUAUGGAAGCUCCGCCUGGAAAAUAUAAACAGUGAAGGCAUUGAUGGAACUGACGAAGAAAAAGCAAAAUGAUUGCAAGAAGAACGAAGAGUUUUCAGAGGACGGGCAGAUUCAUUUAUUGCACGCAUGCAUCUUGUCCAAGGAGAUAGACGCUUCUCUCCAUGGAAAGGAUCAGUGGUGGACUCAGUGAUUGGAGUUUUCCUUACUCAAAAUGUCUCAGACCACCUUUCCAGUUCUGCCUUCAUGUCUAUUGGUGCACUCUAUCCCCUUAAGUCAAAUAGAAAUGAUGUACCAUGCUCUGAGGAGACAAACAUAUGGGCCAAAGAACCGGAAAUGUGUAUACUGGAUCAAGAGGACACCAUCAAAUGGCAUGAAGAGAAGACAAAUCAAUCAGCCGGCAACAGGAUUUCUUUGACACUCCCUGGUGAUUAUUAUGAUACAGAAAAGGAAGUUGUCAACAGUAAUGAAUUGCUUGGAAGCAACAGUAGUGGAGAAAAUUUAACAGAUGAUUUGACAUGUAAAUCCUCAGAUAUUUCUGGAAAUUAUCUGCAGAUUUACAACAAAUCAACGGGAAACAGAGUAUUCAUUCACCUGGCAGAAACAGAAGCAAAUUCCAUGGGAGAUAAUAGAGAAAUGGAUGAUGUAGUUUCUUCUCGGUAUUAUUCUUCUUCCUCGCAAACCUCCAUGGCAAAUGUUAUUGUAACAGCUGGGCACAGAGGCCUUAAGUUUUGGGACAUUCGGUAAAAAAAAAAAAAAAAAAGAAUUGUACUUCCACCUAUUAUCAUCCUUAUUUUCUAUUUACAGUAGUCUAUAAAUCUUGGACACUUCAUAGGGUUGUCAUACCAGUGUCAUUGGUGUGUCAAACACUUGCAACACACCCACCUGGCAUGUCCAACACUUCCUCAAAAUUUUUUUAAAAGGAUAUGUGAGGGGAUAUGCACAGUGCACACGUUGUCCCUAUGCAAACACUUUCGAAGACUCAAAAGUAGGGAUUUUCUUUUAGACUCUUUAGUUUCAUACCUUGGUAAUUGUAUGAUUCUUUUGUUUUUCCUUAUUUCGAUUGUAUUAUUAUUCAGUUUCCAUACUCUUCACACUUCUAAUCUUGGGUCUUUAAACAUCUGGAUUGUGAGGAGCGAAAAC